GGAUUUACUACGCAUAAGUUCACCGAAGAUCUGGAACCUCUACCUUACAAUCAAGAAGAGAGCUCAAAGAAAUCACUGGUUUAUACAAGCUCGUAAUCAGGAUAUUGGAUAUUGGAACUGGACUAUUUCGUUUGUGUGUACUUGACCCGCGCUGUGUGAGUUUUGUCAUUGUACAAACCUCUUGUCGAGCUGUCGUGAUUAUCUUGCUGGUGUGACAGUCGGUUGUUGUAUUACAAUGUCUACGCCGUCUAAUGCUCUUCAAACUGGGACGUCGGCUUCUGAUAUGGAGAGUGUUCGCAGGCUGGUGUCUUCGCUAACGAAUAUGGAAACCCGAGAAAGUGCACUUUUGGAGCUGUGCAAAAUGAGGGAGUCUGUGCCAGAACUCGCUCCAAUCCUCUGGCAUACAUUUGGUUCCAUUGCUGCAUUGCUUCAAGAAAUAUGCUCAAUAUACCCCUACAUAAAUCCUCCCAACUUGAGCGCCCAUCAAUCUAAUCGUGUUUGUAAUGCACUCGCUCUUAUGCAGUGCUUGGCAUCCCAUCCAGAAACCAGAAAGGAGUUUCUGAAGGCCAACAUACCUCUGUACCUUUAUACGUUUUUGAAUACAAAUAAUCAAACGCGUCCAUUCGAGUACUUAAGGUUGACUAGCCUUGGAGUGAUUGGUGCACUUGUUAAAACGGAUGAACCAGAGGUCAUAGCAUUUCUCCUGGGGUCGGAAAUUAUACCUCUUUGUCUGGUAAUCAUGGAGUCAGGAAGUGAACUGAGUAGAACUGUGGCGACCUUCAUUAUGCAGAAGCUUCUUUUGGAUGAAGUCGGCCUGGCGUACAUCUGUCAAACUUAUGAGCGUUUCGCUCACGUAGCUACUGUUUUGGAAAAAAUUGUGAUCGACUUGGCUAGAGAGCAGUCAUUACGCCUUUUGAAACACGUGAUUCGGUGCUACCUACGUCUUUCAGAUGAUUCGCGAGCGCGUGAUGCUCUUCGAACAUGUUUGCCACAACAGCUCAUAGAUGGCACGUUCAGUGGUUUGCUGGAGAAUGAUGUGGCUACUAGACGAUGGCUCACACAGUUGAUUCGUCGACUGUCUGCUGCAACAGUUGCAUCUGAAGGUACUGCCAGUACAACGCUUUCUAGUGUUGGUUCCAUGGAAGCUACUACACUACAGGCCGUUACUGGUACUCUCGCCUGCCUUCCAUCAACUACAACGGUUGGUUCCUCUGUGACUACUGCUGCAUCUAGUGUUGAGAUUUGUGGAACGUCUGUUUCAAGUGGAGUCACAAGUGCUUCUGUGAAUGGGUCAGGAGCACUUGUAUCUUCGUCAUGUACACAGGGUGUGGACUCUGUGACAUCUACGAGCAGUUGAUGAACUUACGUAUAACCCUGGGAAUGAUGUUAUACGUAAUGUGUAUAUAUGAUUUCUAUUUCUAUUGUAAUUGAUUUACUUUUACUCGCU